AUGGACCUCAGUGGCGCAACGAAGCCCAUUGGUCGACGCCGACUCAAGCUUGUGGAAAUCUAUUCUCAGAAGUACUACAAUACCAAGGUCCGAGCCGAUGUCAAAAAGGCCAUCGCAGAGCAGUCGCUCGGGCUGAAGCAAACACUCACCGUUAUCAAGUCUCUGACAGAGAAAGCGUUUGCCGAGGAAGAUGAGACCAUCAAAGAAGAGGUUCAGGCUGAAUUUGAAGCGCAGAUGGACGUUCGCAAUGAGGACGGUGAAGGAUCAGAGGUUACGCCCAUGCCUGCAGCACAGCAACAGAUGCUCGAAUUUCUUCCAUCCAUAGUGAGGAAGUUUCUCGGAGAGCUCGCGCAGAAGACAGGAUGGUCCUUCAGUCUCUUUGGUGGCGGACCUUGCCCUGAGGAAGAUGGUGAUAUCAGGACCUUUUCUUACCAUCAUGGGAAAACGUCUGUCGGCCACCAUUUUGGAGAUGUCCAACCAGACUUCAAGUCACAGGUUAUCAAACCGUAUAUCGAAUUCCUCAAUGUCGUCUAUCCUGCUGACGUUCGAGCAAGGUUCACGUUGCAAGCAUUGGCUGAGGAUCGGGAUGAGGACGAGGAUGCCCAUAGUGAGCUGAACAAUGAGCGCGUCUCUCAACUCGACCCGGAUGACUUACAGCAAGUACUGGAUGGCAUGGAACUUGACCUGGACAACGUGGAUGCCGACUCGGACACUGCCCUACUGUCAGAUGAAGAUGGCAUCCACGUGUCGGUGACUAAUGAUGGCAUCGAGGAGCCUACAGCCUUGGGGCAGUCAGGCAAUGAGACUGCCAUUGACGUGAGCCCUGUGACUUCAUACCGUACGACAUCCUCAGUGGAGUGCCCCGGUUCCGCCGGUCCUUCUAUUGCUCAGAUCAACACCCUUCCGCCUGCAUCCAACGCACUGGGUCUCGAUGAUAUCAUGCCCUCUCACCUGCCCAUCGCGGUGUCCACAGUUGCACCGGCCACCACCUGCAUUGUUCCUACACCAAUCUAUUCCGCUUCCAUAGCAAUGCAGCAGGGCCCGCGGCAUGCUCAUCCUACUGCUGAGCAGAUCCAAGGGUACGAUGCGCGCUGCUGGAAUCAGCAGUCCGAGACACCAUGGACCUUGUCCGAUCACAAUGGCAUGCUUACGGAGAUGACGAAUAUUGGCCUCGAUAACGCGUAUGAUAUAAACUUUGAUUUCACGAACUUCUCAUACACCGAGGUUCUGAAUGCACCCUUAUUUCCGCCGCUGAUCACCGCAACCUCACACAUUGACAAUCCAUUGGUCAUACAGGCACCAACCGCAUCGAGCAUGUCUGCGGCCCCCAGUACCUUUUUGUUUCCCCCGAAUCUGCCAUCAUCACUCCCAUCCUUAUCGGUACUGAGCACUUCAGCUGCUGUGUUACCGGUAAUGGAGGCUCCGAACUCUCAGGGAGAUACUGCCACCGGCCUGGGCGCGACUUCGCCUGCUGCACAGGUGUCACAUGAGCAGCAAGCUGACGCUGCCACUUCUUCAGUGCCUCCCCCUAUGACUGCCAAGCAGCCCAAUGCCGACUCCGAUGCUUCCAGCCACCCAAAACGUCAGACGAAGAAGCCAGUGCGACUGGACGCAACGCCACUUUGGAAGCAGCGGGUGUUGCCUGCGAGCGGAGCCAAGCGAGUAGAGAAAGAAAAACAACAAUGCGCGAAGGAGAAUGGACCGUCCGAAGUUGGGCAAAAACGUCAACCUACAGGUCAAAUUGCUCAGCGCAGAGGUGGAAGGAAUAAGAAGGCGAGGACGUAG